AUGUCCAUCUUCAACUUACUAGGGCUCAAAAAAGGAGCUUCGAAGGGCGAGGUUAGGGCGAGAUAUCUAAGAAAAGUGCUUCAGAUUCAUCCAGACAGAAGUAAAGGCGAUGGAGACGGGUACAUGAGAUUGGUGAAUGCAUAUGAAAGGUAUGCAAGAGGAGAGGAGCCGGAUUCAAUCCCCUAUCUCAUUUGCAGUAGAGCUCAUGUAGAUUCCGUGGCAUGCAGAUGUGGAGGAACGUAUAAAGCAUCAUAUGAAAUGCAUGGAAGAGUAGAAUGCGAAUUCUGCUCGUGCUUCAUAGAAAUAGAAGACUUUCCAGAGCUGCCAGAUGCAAGUCACAGACUUGCUGACGGGACAUAA